ACAAACGGCUGUUGCUUCCGAUAAUACGCCACACGUGCUCAGACAUUUUACGUGACAGUUAGAUGUAUUUUAUGCAGAUAAACAUUUUUUCAGCGUAGUAAUUUCUUCGUCGUUGUCAGACCUACGUUUGACUCCGGAAUUUAACUACCAGUCACGCUAACAGCUAGCUAGUGUAGCUAGCUAAAGAACUGAAGAAAUGGGACAGUACGCUGCAAAGCUAACUUACAUUCGGUUGACAUAACUACAACGAUUUUGUUACAGUUGCUUAUGCCCCACUGACCUGUCUCAAGGGAAACAAAAGACUGCAAGCAACAAACUUUGAUGGUUAUGGAGAAUUAUGGAUAACCUGACAGCAAGUAAGAGCCACCUGCCUUGUCAGUCGUGGGCAGGACAGAAUGGCUGGUCCACUGCCUCAACUCAAGGAGCACUUCUCAACCCACUGCCCAGCUCUCAGCAUCUCAGCCUGGGCUCGUCAUCUGACCAGAGACCCUCCUACGACCACAUGCAAGAGUCCAAUCAGAGCUGUUUGAACGACCUCAGCGCCUUAUCGUCCAGAAACAACACUCAUCACUCUGCUCUGUACAAAGCCUCUCACAUGAGCAGCAAUCAGGUGUCCACCACGCUCUUUGGUGAUACUGCCAUCCCAUCUGCCUCUCACAUUAUAUCCUUUGCCCAGCAAAGCCCUCACACGUCAUCAUUGCUGCUAACUUCAAACCAAGGAAAAAACAUCCCCCCACCAUCUCUACCCCAAACAAACCCUGCUCCACAGCCUUGUAGGCCCCAACAUGUACCGCUUGUCUCGCCCAACAACCCUUACAAGGCAUCAUUUCAACCUCCAUUAACCAAUCAGGGUUUACCAAACGGACUUCAAGAUCUGCCCAUUAGUCUGCCAUCAUGUGGACAACGUGUAAGUACAUCUCAAGCUACUUUUGAAGGAGGGAAUGUGGAGUUAGCUGGUGUUGCUGGAUACACUCAUAGCCAUGCCUCAUCCACUCCUCAGGAGCAGCGUCAGUGGAUGCCUUCAUCACACUGCAGGGGUGCUGUCAGUAAGUCUGUCCCUGAUGCAGCUGCUCAUCCUAACAAAGAGCCAGAGGGGAACAUCAGUUCACUGGCCAGCAGGGAGGGUCAACGUUUGCUGCUUUUACAACACCGUGCACAACUACUUAAACAAGUGGCAGAGUUGGAUAAAAUUCUGGAAACACUGCAUCCAGGUGACAGCAGUAAUGGGCAGUCUCAACACACAGCUGUUCAGUCUCAUCCAUCAAUGGCUGAUUCAGCUCAGUGUGAACAAACUAAGACAAGUGAUGCACAGCGGGGUCAGCUUUCUGCAGGAAAGUCAAAGUCACAUCUUUCAGCGAAUUGUUCAUCGUCUGCAUCAUAUGAUGAACACAGUGAGGACUGUGAUAGGCCAGAGGAUCCAAUGUCAGCAACAGAAUCACUGAAAAAAGAAAAUGCCUCAGCGGAGUCGGAGUAUGACAGUGAUCCUGAUUACUUGCCCUACAGUGAUCGUGAGUUCUCUGAUUUUCUGUCUGACCAUGAUGGAGGCUCUUCAGAUGAAUCCAGUCACAGCAGGACUUCGACCCCUACAGACAAAAGACCGUCUGUGCCAGAAAAAAAGAGGGCUAAAUUAGGAAGUUCUUUGUUGAAGGACAAAAGUGGCAUUCCUCCAAAACAGAUCCGUACAACUAAACCAAAGAAGAGGUCCUCUGAAGCUGUAGUGUUGCCAAGUUCAAAUUCCAAAGGAAGACGUGUUUAUGACAGGAGGAAUUACUGUUUGUUUUGCGCUAAGCCAGUAUGCAAAAUGGCACGACAUCUUGAGAGGAUCCACAGUGACAAAACAGAAGUUGCAGCCGCUUUUCAGUAUCCCCAAAGUUCCAGAGAGAGACAAAAGAUAUGGAACAGACUAAUUAAUCAAGGAAACUUUGCUCAUAAUAAAGAUGUCAUGGAAUCUGGGAAAGGCCAACUUGUUGCCCGAAAAAGGCCGAGAAAGAGUCAUAAAGCCGAAGACUUUCUUCAUUGUCUUUACUGUCGAGGUCUUUUUGUGAGGAAAGCUCUGUCCAGACACAUGAAGUCGUGCCCGGAGAAAGUGGAGAAUGAAGAUGAAUCAGAGAUAAGAAGAAGCCGUAUUGCAUCGCAGUGUGUGCUGGAAACUUUAGGAGACCUUGGGAUAAGUGAAGGUUUUAAGAGCGUCCUGUCCCAGAUGAUAUACGAUGAUGCGACACGAGCUGUCAUGGAGGAUGGGGUUAUCUUGCAGUAUGGUGAGUUCAUGUUUGAUCAGUACGGAUCUGAUCCAAAGAAACAUGAAUACAUAAGACAAAACAUUCGUCAGAUAGCGAGACUUGUUCUCGAAGCUCAAAAGAUAACCCCUCUGGAGAAACUGGAAGACUUCUUUCUCCCUUCAAACUUCCCACAUGUGGUGUCUGCAGUGAACGUUCUGGCAGGCUACAAUGCGGAAAACAAAACAUACAGUGUUCCUUCACUUGCCAUCAAGCUGGGCUACCACCUACAGAAGACCUGUAGUAUUGUCGAAGGUAAUGCAGUGAAGUGCAACAAUGCAAGUUUGGCAGAGUCUGCCCGCAACUUCCUCUCUGUUUACCAGCAAAAUUGGAACAAGCUCAUUUCUGGAGGUGCAUUAACAUCACUCAGAGAAGCAAAAUUGAACAAGGAAAAGAAGGUGCCAUUUGCUCAAGAUGUAAAGCGCCUGAAUUUUCACAUGGAGAAUGUUCAUCUUCUGGCUGAUGAAAAACUCAGAGACAGCCCUUCUGCAGAAAACUAUGCUGCUCUGGCAAAGGUUGUGCUUGUUCGGACAAUACUUUUCAACAGGAGAAGUGCCUUAGAGGUAGCGUCGAUGCCGCUAACGGCUUUUAUGUCACGGAAGAAGUCAAACUUGCACGAUGGCAUGGACGUAUCCGUCUCAGAUUUGGAAAAAACCAUGUGUGGGUUCUUCACUAGAGUUGACAUACGGGGAAAGUGUGGGAGAACGGUCCCUGUCUUACUGAAACCAUCAUUCGUGUCAGCUUUGGAGCUUCUCGUAAAUGUGCGGGACACGUGUGGAGUACCCAGUAAGAACCCCUAUCUGUUUGGACGACCACAUGCGCUGUCUUUCUACAGAUGGUCAGAAUGCAUCCAAACGUAUGUCAAAGCAUGUGGAGCUAAAAACCCUGAAGCGCUGAAAUCCUCAAAGAUCCCCAAGCAUUACGCAACAAUGCUACAGCUGAUGAACCUGGAUGACAAUGAGGCCGACCAAAUUUUAGGGCCUAAUAAUCAAGUCCGAAACCUGCGACAGGACAGCAGCACGCAGCUGAAUGAUGUUGAAAUGGAAUCUGAUGAGAGAGGACAACAAGCUGCAACAUGGGAUCUCAAUGAGGAUUCCGGUGCACGCUUUGGACUAGCAGAUAUUUUGCAUGAACAAGCACAUGGAGCAACGAGAUCUGUCAAGUCAGACAACAAAGGCUUCCAGAAUCAGGGAAAACAUAAAUGGGAGGAAGCAGAGGUUUGUGCUGUUGAGAGACACUUGAUGCGUUUGAUUCAAGAACACAAGUUGCCUCAGAAAAACGACUGCGUUCAGUGUCUUGAGGCUGAGCCAGAAGCACUGAAGACCCGGACAUGGAAAGGUGUGAAGGACUACGUCCGAAACAGGAUCACUGCCCUAAAAAGGCAAAGCAGAACUUCCCAAGCUACAUCCUCAAACAGGAACUGGUCUGGUCAAGUGGAACCACAGCAGAGUACUGGACAUUUUCAGCAGUUAUAGAUGGGAUAUUUUGUCCAUGACAAAGUCUGUUGAGUCAAUUUUCUUAUCCCUCACCAUUCUCUGGUCUUUCGGUUGUUCAGUCUCCAUCUGCAUCUCUUAUGCAACAUUGUGAGCAUUUACAUCCAUUAUGAUGACCAAGAACAGAUUGAUAAUUGCUCAUAUUUGUGGUUUAUGGUUCGCAGUCUUUUCUGCAGCUGCCAUCACUCUUACUUUGUAUGAUUAUAGCAUAUCUGUCACUGUGGUUCUGUUUCAUUUUAUAAAGUGAAUUUGGACAGAGAUGGCUCAUGCAUACUGACGAAUAAUGUGUCUAAUUAGCUGAUGGCCAAUUAGUAUGUUUUUGGAGUUGUAGGUUAAACUUCUGUGACCAUGUUAUGUGGUAUACUGUAUUUUGUUAUUCUCUUUUGUAUACUGGCAUACUGUGUUUUGUAGAACAACUUGCCACCAAUAAAGUUCCGAGAAUAA